AUGCUUCAGCUCGCCAUAGAGACUGUUCCGUCGGAUACCAGUCCAUCGACUCCCAAGCCCGCGGGUGCUCCGCGUCGGCUGAAGGCCACCCCUUAUCUCAUUGGCAGCACCUGCUACCUCUUGGGCUCGUGCCUAUUUCUGGUUGGUGGUUUGGGCGUGCAAGGUGAUCUAGGAGGCGGCGAUACCCGGGUUUGGGGGGACCUCUACACCGCUGGUAACCUGUUGUUUGUCAUCGGGAGCGUCUUGUUCGUGCUGGACGGGUAUCGCGCGGCGACGCGGUGA